CAGAUGGUGAAAAUCGAAAAACCCUAGAAAGAGUACCCACCACGAUCGCGUGUUUGGCCGGAUCCUUCCAUCCACCGGCCGACCAUCCAUCGAUCGAUCUCAUGGCUUCCUCCGAUGUUGACGAAAAGUAUCCUCCGCUGACUUACUACCCCGACAGAUACUGCGAGACCUGCCGGAGACUCGACAAGACGGAGAUGAAACCACAGCCCGACGACCAAGAGUAUGUAUUUGAUUACGAAACUUUCCGUGACGACGAAACCCUAAGGCUACAUGUCGUCAACUACAGGAGGACCCAGUAUACGAGGAGUUAUUUCGAUAUUGAUUGCCCUCCAAAUUACGGCGGCGUUGGUGGGCAGCCACACCCUGGAAAGCAUUAUGCGAACGACGACAGAUUUCAAGAGACGGUUAAGGAAUGUGCUAGGUUCGGGGUGCAGAAAUGUAACGAAGAAACCAAGGUGAAGGGGAUUGAUUUGGAGUUGGUGGAGGUUGAGAAUGUUACUGCUGAAGGCUGUGGUUGGAUGAGAUUCUACAUGACUCUCGCCUGCCGCAAUCGGGUUCAUGGCAAGCGGAAAUGGAUCUCUGAAGCAGCAGCUGGCCGUGAUGAAUGCGUGACGCAGAGCUACAAAGUUGUGGUUUCCUGUUGCUAUUGGAAAACGGAGCUGAAGAAGAUGCUGCUCUUCAACGACCCAAAUGGGAAUCAUUUGUGGGAGCCGGCGGAUCCUUUUUGCGACCGAGUCAGCCGGCCAUAUUACGGCGACGAAGUUGCUCUAGCUGGCGAUGGUUCAUUGAUGGUAGUCCGAUCUUCGGAGAAUAAAGCUCAGGAAUAGGAGGAAGAUCAAGUACCUAGUAGUGGUAGUAGUUUAAUUAUGUUUAAGUACGUAGUAUGUUUGUUUAUGGCAUUGCAUUUUAUCAUGUUGGGAUAAAGUGGACACCUAAAAAUGAUCUUUCAUGUUGGUAGUCUUCUCCAUCAUCCUUGUCCCUUGUAGUAGUGUCGGGCAAUGCAGUCAAAAUCACGAUUCUAUGUAGAUCAGUAUUUUGAUCGCCUAAAAGGGUUGGAGGACUUCUCUUGUACUUUAAUUAAACAAAUUUUGUUUG